CUGUCUCUCUGAACUAAAAAAUUCGCACUCAUUUCAAUCUCUCUGUGUUUCACUAAUGGCUAUGUUCUCUCGAUUGCGCGUAAACUUUCUUCAUCGCCGCAAAUUCUCCACAAUUCUAGCCCCCGAUUCCUCAACUCCACUCUCCUCCAAGCAGAAGUCACGCGCCGCUUUAACCCUUCUCAAAUCCGAGUCUAACCCGGACCGAAUCAUAGAGAUCUGCCGCGCCGCCUCACUUACCCCAGAGUCUCACCUGGACCGCGUUGCCUUCUCGAUCGCGGUCUCCAAGCUAUCCGAGUCUAACCGUUUCGACGCCAUCCGCAGCUUCCUUGAUGAGCUCAAGACCCGGCCCGAUUUGAAGACCGAGCGCUUCGCAGCUCACUCAAUCGUGCUUUAUGGCCAGGCCAAAAUGCUCGACCACGCCAUCCGGACCUUCAAGGAAUAUCACGAGCUUGGUUCUUCCCGUCCUUCAGUCAAGAUGUUGAAUGCGUUGCUCUUCUCAUGCGUGGUAUCAAAGGAUUACAAAGAGGUGAACCGGAUUUUCGUCGAGUUCCCUAAAACUUAUGGGGUCGCCCCUAAUUUGGAGACGUAUAAUACAGUGAUCAAGGCGUUCUGCGAGUCGGGUUCUGCAAGCUCGGUCUAUUCAGUACUGGCAGAGAUGGGUAGGAAGAAAGUGACCCCAAAUGCGGCGACUUUUGGGAUUAUUCUAGCUGGAUUUUAUAGAGAGGAGAAGAUUGAUGAUGUCCGGCAAAUGUUGGAGAUGAUGAAGGAGAAGUAUGGGAUACACGCGGGGGUUGGUACCUAUAACGUUAGAAUCCACAGUCUAUGUAAGCUGAAGAAGACUGGUGAAGCAAAGGCUUUGCUUGAUGAGAUGUUGUCCAGGGAUAUGAAGCCGAACUCCGUAACAUAUCAUCAUUUGAUUCAUGGGUUUUGCAGGGGAGGUGAUUUGGAGACAGCCAAGAAGCUGUUUAAGGAAAUGGCUGACAAGGGUUGCAAACCAGAUAGUGAAUGCUAUUUUACCCUGGUUCACUAUAUGUGCCAAGAUAAAGAUUAUGAGUCGGCUCUGAAAUGUUGUAAAGAGAGCAUUGAGAAGAAUUGGGUGCCUAAUUUUACGACAAUGAAGUUGCUUGUAAAUGGGCUUGCCAGCAGUUCCAAAGUGGAAGAAGCUCGGGAGCUUGUAGGGCAAAUGAAGGAGAAGUUCCCAAAGACCUCAGAAAUGUGGAAUGAAAUUGAAGCUGGUUUGCCGCAGUAGGAAGGAUUACUUGGUAUGCAAUUUUGUGAAAUUCAAUAUUUAGUCUGUUCUUUUUUGUUGGGCAAGCAUUUGAAUGCUGAUGGGAUUUGUUGAAAUUUCUUAGCCUUGCACGCACCUCUGCUAUUUGGCAGAUGUUCAUAUGUUCCGGUCAUGAAUUCCAUCUAAUAACAGUGUACUAAUCAUAUAAGCUGCAGGACCUCUGGGACCUAUGUUGUAUAUGGGCGCCAAUAUACAAUUGUUUGCCAUCUUCUACUC